AUGUUCAAGUCCCUUAUAUUCUCUGUCUUUUUGGCUGUAUUAGUUUUUGCCAGAUUUGAUUCCGAUGAAGAACCAUGUAAGGAAGAAGAUGUGUCCACCGAGCCGACUACUGUCUCUACGGAUGCCCCUGCCAAUUUAACAUGUGAAUCUGGAUGGAAAAGUUUCCAAAGACCAUCUGGAGAGUGGUGUAUGAAGAUUGUCUAUGAGAACUCUGUUACCCAGCCAGUCGCCGAGCAACGCUGUCAAGCUCAAGGAGCGACGUUGACAGGUCUUCAGAAUCAGUUGGAGAUGCUUUAUGUGACAUAUACCGUAACCAACGAUAUCUUCCCUGAAAGUGGAAGUGUCUGGAUUGGAAUGAAAAGGACCGAGGCUUGUGCGAAUUCCACUAUUACCGGCGAAUGUAAAUGGGAUAACAGUUUCGUGUGGACCGAUAAGUCAGCUACAGGAAUCGAUGGAGUCAAUUGGGCAUAUAACCAGCCGGACAAUGCUAGAGAGCUCAGCCAACACUGUGUUAUAUUGAAUAUAGGUCCUUCUGGAUACUGGCUUUACUCCCAAAUUGGGUUAAUGGAUGAUAUGGGAUGCACAUUUGACUUCGUCGCAGAAGACCGAAAAGCUUUGGACGUCAAGGCGUUUGUCUGUGGAAAGAAGCCAAGUGCCAAGAUUAAUUAA